UUCUCUCUAAAACCUGGUGGGGUUCAGCAGUUCUGGGGCUGUGGAGCUGGCUGGAAACCUUCAAAUAUUAAUUCUAAUCAAGAGAAGAGAAGCUGACACUGUUGAUCAUGGGGUUAUUAAAGAAGCACUGAGAGGUUCAAAGCUUCUCCUACUGACACAAAAAGCUGUCCAGGAGCUCAGUGUUGGUUUCCCUAAUAUCAGUAGUGCUGGGAUGUUUAAAGUGGCUCCAAAAUUGAGUAAUUUCUGCUUUAAUUAAGUUCAAACCUAUAAAUAUUUCUAGUUGCUCUUUGUUUAAGCAGAACUAUGUCUCUUAAGAUCAUUACCCUUCAGUUCUUGUACUUCUCAGCUGUCAUUUCUGAUUCCAAACCAUCCAACUCCCUUUUACUACUAAAACCUCUUCCUCUAGGAGCCAUGUGGUCUUACUGCCUGUGUUUUCAUUUUCAAAAUGAAACUUUAAAAAGAAAAAUAUUGCAGAAUUUCCUGCCCACUCCAGUGGUAGAGCACAGAAACGUCUCCUUUUUCACACAGUGUGCCCAGAAAUGAGGCAUUUCACCAAAAUACUGGACAUGGGAGUUAAUUUUAAGGUUACAGGAAGGAAAACUCUGUGUAUCUAGAACCUUUAUGUUUUAGACAGAAGAUAGCAAGGUUGCUUCUGUUGACGACCAGGGGGAACUUGGCCCCUCAGACUCUAGCAGGAACUUUGGGAGUGAAGAGCAUCCUUGUGGCUUCUCAUUAUGGAAGAGGCAAAGUCUUGACUGGCUUCUUGAGCAGAUACAACGGUGGGACACAGAAAUGAUACCUCCUAGUCACUCUGGUCCAAGCUGAGUUGGAAACCCAAACCAUAAAGCCUCAGUGUCAGAAAUAUUGCCAGUGGACAGUGAACAGAACACAAAACUGAUGUCAUCUGGGCUGGGAAAUAAUCUCAUGUCCAUGUUCUCAGUUAAUUUAUUAAUGCAGAAUCCAGUGGGACAGAGCUAGAGUGCUCUUGGUGGCUGAAAGUGGCAACUUUGCCUUUUAAUCAUUCUGAAUCUGGUGUCAAGACCAUGAAACCUACUUGCAGUUCAUUUGGUCUCUUCUUUACUCUGUUUUGGUCACGGGUCUCUCAGCAUGGCAGGUCCCUCUGAUGGGCAUUAGGUUGUUCUGAGAGUCCAAGAGCUCUUUGGGAAGGUGCCUGCAUUCAGGCCAACUCCCUUGAGGUGGGAAGGAUUCUCUGUCUUGCAGUGGACUUGAAAAAUCUUGGUGUUUGAAGCAGUCACAACUAACUUCUGCUUUGAUGAGGUUCUGUCUGGUUCCAGUUCCUUUCUUCACCUGGAAAAAAAAAUAAAUCUACAUUUACUCUUCAGAUUCCACUGGUUUCCAUGUGUUCCUCCUCUUUUUUUAAGCCUUUUGUAUCCUCCACUUAGACUUCUCAUAAAUGUGUGGACCUUGGUAGAAUUGGAGGGGUUUUUCAUCUCUUUGAAGCUGACCACCUCUGUGGGUUGAGCAGGAAGAUGAGAUGUAGCCAUGUGAGUUGGUCACCCUGCAUCCUGUUCCACAAAGUCAAUGUAUUCUCCAUCUUGCUUUCUUUUUUGUAUGUAUGUGUCUGAAGUGAUUUCUGCUUCCAUCUUGCCUGUUUUUCCCUCAGGCUUUCCUGAAAUUCAUGCUUCACAAAGUAGGGAUAUUAAUAGUAACAGGGAGAUGGGAAAGCAACAAAAAAAAAUGUGGCUUCUCCUGAGAGAACGUUUUGUCUGGAGGAUAAUGUGUUUGCUGGGUCUUUUAAGUGAUUUUUACCUGCAAAAGAUGCCAUUUCUUGCUACUCUGUGAUGGGAAAGUAGGACGUGACUUCCAGGUGUGGCCUGUGGUGCUUGGAAAUGCUAAACCCAAAAUGUACCCCAGGCAGGUCAGUGUGAUUCCUGCAGAUAAUGCAGUGCUGAAUCUGCUGAGGUGUGGAGGUCACUGAUGCAGAUGGAUGAAGUGUCUGUGCUGUGUUCACUUAUGCUCUCUUUCAUGUUUGUUUGUUUUUUUUUUGUUUUGUUUUCUCUUUUCUUUUCCCUUUUCUUUAUUUUGUUCAGCAUUGCAGGCUCUAUGUACCGAGUCGUUCAGACCACGGGACCAGAUGGAAAAAACCUUCUGAGAUUACUUCCCAUUUCUAAAUCUUCUGGAAGUUUUGUGCCAAUAGUUCAGUCUUCAGUCAUGCCAAAUCAUUCUAAAGCCAAUAUUUCUAAUCCAGUCCAUCUUACUUUUAAGACCCAACUUGCCAAUACUACUGCACCUUCAUCUGUUAAGAUACCUGCUUUUCAGUCUCCUAAUCCUGGAAAGAUUCUUCUUACAAGGACAUUAGACAAACAGGAAGGUGGUAGGGCAGGUUCUGAAAAAGAAAGCUUAAGUCCCAAAUCUGGUGCUGCCAUCCAGAGCAGUUGUGUGUCAGUUGAUAGACUCUCAGUGCAGAACAUGGCUGUCACCAGCUCAUCUAACCAGGGUAAGACUGCCUACAUGUUGGUCAACACAAAAACUCUUCCAGUUAAUGUGAAGCCUUCAGUACUGCCCUCUGGCCACCACCUCCAGAUCCCAGCUGAUGCAGAAGUGAAAUCUGUCCCAGCUUCUUUCUUACCAUCUGCAAUACAGCAAAAAAUCCUUGCAGCUGCAGCAACAAACAUGUCUGGAGGAGCUGACAGUACCAAAAUGCCAACAGUCAUUUGUGUGACACCAGUGAACACAGUGAAAACUGUCGUUCCCAAGCAUUUGCAACCCAUUUGCCCCAAACCUGCCCCAGAAGUUUCCAAAUCAGUCAUAAUGACGGCUGCACAAAAGGGAAAUGGUUCUUCUCCUGAGACAGUAACACCUGAUGGUCAGCAGUGCCAGCAAACCCCCAUGAAAUGGAUUGUGCAAGAAAGUCCACAGUCACCAGCAGCUCGUCUUAUUCCUGUCAGGUCAUCCAGUAACAUGGCUACCAAGAUCCUGAAAACGUUGUCUGAGAUGAAGAACAUAGAAAUUAACUCUCCAAAUAUCUUAUCCCUCUGUUCUGGUGGUCCUGGUGGAAGCCAAACCAAAAUCACACCAAUUAAAGACAACGCUCUGGUCAUGUACAACGGGAGAGUCUUUUUGUUGACCAGAAGAGGUUCUGAUGUUCUGUCAGGCCAAGUUGACAAACAAGCAUCUUCCUCUUCUGAUGCUUUAAUUAAAAAGGAGACAUCCAAGCUAAUUGAUUCUUCUGCAGUCAAAAAAAUAACCAAUAAAGUAGUGAAUUUGGUGUUGUCAAAAAACAAAGGAAUGGUGCUGUCUCAGAACGAUCCAAAGCCAGUUACAAACUCCAAACAUUCUCCACCAACUGGCUUCAGAAAUGACUUAAAACCUGCAGCUCUGCUGACCUCAAGUGCUAAUCAGCAGAAUUCCACAGUAAACCAGAGAAAGAGUUUGCCCCUCAGCGAGAGCAUUUCAAGUGGAAUGACCCCUGUUCCAGCAGUAGGGAAGCAGGAACAUCCCUCCCCAAAUGGCAAAGAAAAGUGUCAUUCCCCCAAAGCAGCAAGUGCUGUUUUCCCUCAGUUUAAGCAAGAUUGUUCUUUCAGUGAAGACUGGCAAAAGAUCCAGUGUGAAAAGAUGCAUCCCCCGGGAAAGCUUAUUCCAAACAAAGAGCAAGAGAAGCCACAUUGGAAACAAUACUUGGAAUUAAGGAAAAAAUUUGGUCUCUUUAAGGAGGAGAGAGUGUACCUUAAGAGGAUACCAUUAAGGACCUCCUGUGAGAAACCAGAAGAAAGGGUUUGUUCCAGUAACAGCUUGAAAAGGAGAAAUGAUUCUUGCAGUUCAUCAUCGUUAGAUGUGGAAAUAAAUCAACUUCAGGAAUGUGUGAAAGAGGAAAAGGUAAUUGUGAAGCUGGAAGAGGAUUUGACUAAGAAGAGGAAAAUAAAAUCUUCACCCCAGUCAGACAGUGGAAAAAGGAGAAGAACAUCAGUCAAAGCAACCACAAGUCCAAGUCCAGAAAACACCAGCUCAAGUUCCAGCCUGCACAGAGAUGUUUCACCCCCACCAGUCUUCCCACAGCAAAGUAUUUCCACAGACUUGGCUCCAUCAUCACUGGGAAGGGACUUGCAGGAUGACCCACACCCUCAGUACAGCCACGUUACAGACUCUAGUUUUCCAGUUUUAGUGUCUUGUGAAGGUGACACUUCAGUUCUGGAAGGUUCUUUCCGAGAUGAUACGUUCCCUUGGACUCCUCCAGACUUGGAUGAAACGAUUCGGGAUGAAAAAAUCAAACGACUUAAGCAGCUUUUAAGGGAAAGAGAAGCAGCUCUUGAAGAGAUGAGGAGAAAAAUGCAGCAAAGCUGAGAUGCUGAAGCUGGUGACUUGGACCACGUUCAUCUUCAUUUCAGACACUUCCAAGAAGAAAUUCCUUCUUUAAACAUCAAUGUUUCUGGUAGAUGGAAGAUCUUAAUUACAUUUACAGUAUGUGUGUGUUUAGAAAAAAAAAUAGAGGUUUCUUGUUACAUACCAGAAAUAAAAGACUUGGACCAUUAAAUUCUGCUUCUGGGAUAUUGUAUGUAUUGAAGGAUGCAGAAAACAGGCAUUUUUGUGGGUGUAUUCUCUAGAUUUUGAAUGGAGGGGUUUCUGUAUCAGCCCUAGCAAAUAAACAUUCCCACUUUGGAACAGCUGGGCCUCUUAGAAGAUGAAUGUAAAUGACAAACCCCCAACUGUAGGUAUUUUUGUUGCUUUGUUUGUUUUCCUGAUGUUUUCUAGUGCAUGAGAACUUGUGAGUUCCCGGGGACUGUCGAUUGUCAUAAAAGGUCAGUGUUGAAAAAGUGCUAUUUAAGUGAUCUGGGAAUUAGACUUUAGGCAGUAAUACUGAGAUAUUUAUACAAAACCUCUUCAAGACAUGAAGAUGGAGGCAGCAGAAACCCCUGCUGAAGUUACCUGGAUACCUGUCUCUUCCUGUUAUUAUUGUAAGCCUUUAUAAGGCCUUUGCCAGCUGUGCAGUGUUAAAGUUUGGUUGUGAGUUGAUAUUUUGGAUGGGAAGGUGUAUUUUUUUUUUUUUUUAAACAAAUUGUGUUAAAUAAUAACUUGUUGAAACAAAAAAAGGCA